UGGCGCUCUUUCGCGGUAUGUUUGAACCACGUGUUAUCAGAUCGCGAGAAUGGCAAAGAAGAUGCAGACCUACGAUGUCUUUGUAGGCAAUUUGCCUCUGGACGCAGACGAGAAAUUGGUGGGAAAGUUGUUUUCAAAAUUUGGAGAAACUAAAAGCAUGGUUGUGAAAGACGCAAAUUCUACUCCAAAGAAGCGCUUUGCCUUUGUUAAUUUUAUGUGUGAACCUGAUGCUGAACAAGCAAUAAAAGAGAUGAACGGCUUCCAAUUUAAUAGUACAAAAUUGGUUGUCAGAAGACAGGAGCCAAGAAAAAAAGGGCCAAUCAAGAGAGAGUUUGACAGUGACAGAGGCAAGUCGAGUCCUAAUGCCAAUGACACAAACCCUGUCAAUUUUGGGGGCUGGAACUCUCCAGGAGAGGUAAUAAAAGACGAUGUAUUAACCCCUUUUUUGUACAGCACUGGGAUGAAGGAGAUAGUGAUGGUCACUUAUGUAGAGAACCCGGUGACGGCCUGGGUACAGACGGUGACAGAGGAGAACACUGCCCAGCUCACCAGUAUUAUGGAACAGCUGACUCAGUGCUGCCCCGCCGCUCCCAAGGUCAAGGGCACUCCACAGAUAGGAAAGGUGUAUGCAGCCAUGUUUUCUGAAGAUGGAGAGUGGUACAGAUGUGUAGUCAAACAACUGUUUGGCAGUGAAACUCUAAAAGUGCAGUAUAUUGAUUAUGGGAACACAGAGGAAAUUCAGGCUACAGGUCUCCUAGAGAUCCCUCCAACUGUGGCUGCACACAAACCGUUGGCUUACAAACUUGUCCUGCACAACAUCAUGGUCAAAGACGUCACAGACCAAAAUGGCAUUCGUUUUCUAAGGAAAUUGACUGAAAGUAGACAUCUGCUUGCAUACAAAACAAGACAGUUGAAUGAUGCGACAGGGUACUAUGGCUACCUGUCUAUAGAAGGGGACCCAGUCAAUAUCAAUGAAAAAGUUGUCAUGGAAGGAUUUGCCAGUAAACGCCCAUCUUUGGGGGCUAGAGGAGGAGGAGACAGAGGGGACACUUUCAACCCCUCAACAAGUAAUCAUGUCCCAGGACACAGCAAUUCCUUAGGAAGUGGAGAUCAUGCCUCCAUGUUUGGUAGCAACAGCAGCCUGAAUAAUUACAUGACAAAUGAGUCCGGGUAUGGCCAGAGAAAUCGAUCAUCUAUCAAUGGCGCAGUACCUGGACAUCAGGGUGUACAAAAACCUCAGUACCCAGGGAGGUCCCCACAGAGAAACAUUAACAUGCCUCCAGCGUUCAAUGUUCCACCACCAUUAAUGGGUGCUAGAUAUCCAUCACCUACCAAAGGAACAGAGAACUUUUACCAUACUAACUCAGGGGAGAGCAUUUCUAGUCAACAAAGGGCAGAAGAAGUAGCACAGCAUUUAGAAAUCCAGAAGACUCUUCAGAAUGACAUCAGCAAGAAAAAGAGAGAGAUAGACAAACUCCGUACAGACAUGGCAAGGAAAGAGCUAGAGCUUCAGCAGGCUUCAGCUAACAAAGUACAGGUGCACUCUGUGGUGGAGCUGGCAAAGAAAGUUAAACGUCUCAGGUUGCAGUUUCCUACAGGUCGAGCGAGUGGCUUGGAUGAGGCGAUUGAGCUGGCUCUGUCUGAGGACAGAGUGACCAACUCGUCAGUGACCACCCUACAGCAUGUCAUCACUGCUGUGUCCACAUACAGAGCUCUUCAGAAGGAGAUCUGCAAUGCAAAAGAUGUGGAGGAAUUGGACUCCCUGGUGGAAACGCGAGAUCUGGCCAGGAAGAACCUGUACGACAAGCUGACAGAGUGUGUACAGGAGUUGGAGGUUAUGCCCCUUGACGUCAGACAUCAGUGUGUCUCGGAAGCUGAAGAAAAAGUAAGCAAAAACUAUAAAGCAUUUACACACAUCAGUGUUCAUGGUUGUCCAAGCUUGGAGGAUUUGCUUCAUGGCUUUAGAGAUUGGAAGAAGAAAAAAGAGACAGAGUUUAGUCAUGUGAGAGAAAAUACAAACAUAUGUCAAAGAGAAGUCACAAAAGCAUUGCUUCAAUUGGAAAAAGUGCUGAAUUUAGAUUCUGAAGACAGUGAAGAGAAUGCGAAUCUGGAAAUCAACUCCCUACUGAAAACUUACAUGCAGGCACUGCAACAGGAAAUCUCCAUUACUGAUAUGGAGCAAUGCCAGGAUGCCAGUUUAGUAGCCACAGUGCUGACGGCCAUUUUGAAUGAGCUGCAUGGAGAGAUUGGAGUGUUGGACAACUGUCGACAGUUUAUGGCCGAGUUUACUCAGAUGAAGGCUGGGAUACAGCCAUGGCUGGACAACAAGCCAAAGUUUGAGGACAUCCAGGAGUGCAGAAAAAUGAUCCGUGCCUUCAAGUCAAAGUUGCGCCACAAGGAGGCUGAUAGACAAGACUUGGAGGAGAGUGGAGAUACGGAGGAAGAAAAAGCUGUGAAGAGAGAAAUACAAGAACUUCAGUAUCAGCUUCAUCAAGCCCUUGUCAGUCAUGAUGAGUUGGUGCUUGAUAUUGCGAAGGUAGCUGAUUCCCAUUUCCCUGAAUUGCUCAUCAAACAUCAAGAUACUGGAAUCAGAACUUACUUGGACUACAAUGGUAUUGUGAGAUCUGGAUGGGAGAUAGAGCACUUUGCACUUACUCCUGCUGUCCGACCUGGGAUGUAUGCCAGCACGUUCUGUGGCAAUCCAGUCUAUAUACAGGAGUAUCAUGUUGGGGACAGUGAACAUUUAUGGAAGGAGGAUUUCCUGGCUCAGGUCAUGGCCUUUUGCAGUAUUUGUUCUGACUCAGACUCACUCAGCACUGUUCAGGCUGUCUUCUUUACCAAGAACGACCGAAUUGGAUAUGUAAUAUUGAAUGUGGAACCAAUACAAGAUCUGGAGAGCUUUAUGAAUGAGCCUGGAUUUGAUGAUACGAGAAGACAGAAAAUUGCCCGUGGAGUAACAUGUGGUCUAAGCUUGUUACAUCAGCAAGGAUUCGUCCAUGGUGAGGUCAACCCACAGAAUGUUGGGGUCAAGGCUGAUGGUUCAGGGGUAUUACUGUGUCCAGAUUUCUCAAGGUCACUGUUUGAUCGAACAAAAAGAGGGUUCAUGACCAGCCACGGCAUGAUGUUCCAGGCUCCUGAGGUGAUGAAUGUUCAUCAGAGUGCCCCAGUCCAGAUCACGGCCAAGACGGACCUGUACCUACUGGGACUCCUUAUCCUAUAUCUCCAUCAUCCUAGAUCUGUCAUCCCAGCAGCAAGAGAUGGAACUCCUAACCUUGCUGUUCUCUCUCUGGACACAGAGACUGGAUCUUUGCUGUACAAUUUACUGUGUGGAAAACCUGAUAUGAGAUUAGCAGCAGCACACCUGUUGAAGUCAGGAUAUUUAACUCGCACCAUUAAAGAUGUUUCAGUUGCUACAACUUUGGAAAAGAGUUUUGAGCAGCAGGAGACUAGUGAUCCAGUUGAGGAAGUGGCAAAUGCUGCUGUUUCUACCACAGAAGUGACCACCACCCAGGAGACUAGGCAGAGUGUAGAACUUGCAGAAGGUUCCAUAGAGGAAGAUCAAAUCCUGUCCAUGAUGGAACCAUGCCAGGGCACAAGCAUACCUCCAUCUAACAUCUUUGUGUCAGGUCAGGAGCUCGCCGAGGUUGAGAUUAUCUCUCAGGUCCAGUCCCAGAAUGCAUCAGCUUCCACCCCUCCAAUACAGGUAGAGGUUGAGGCACAACCUGCACCAGGUAGUGAUGAAAAAUCCCCAGAACUAAACGCUGGUCCUGUGGAUGAGAUUUCACCAAAACUUGAUCUGAAUGGAACAGAUUACUUGAUUAAACAGUCUGUGCUAAAUGAUUCUGUGGGUACAGAGCACAGUAUCCAGGAAUUUGAACAAGGUGGAUUAGUUCAAGAAACAUCAAUUCCAUCAGCUGGGCAAGGACAGUGUGUAGUCUCCUCAGGAGUUAUUGACAAAGACUCUAAGGGACUUCCUUUGAACCAAGACAGUGAGAUGUUGGCAACUGAUCACAGUGAAACACAUACCAUUUCAAUCAAUACUGAAAGCAGAAUAACUCCAGAUAAGUUUGCCCCAGUCCAUUCUCCAAGUGUUCCAACCAAUACAGAAGCCAGAAUGACUCCAGAUAAGUUUGCUACAGUCCAUUCUCCAAGUGUUCCAACCAAUACAGAAGCCAGAAUGACUCCAGAUAAGUUUGCCACAGUCCAUUCUCUAAGUGGUCCAACUCAUACAGAAGCCAGAAUGACUCCAGAUAAGUUUGCCCCAGUCCAUUCUCCAAGUGUUCCAACCAAUACAGAAGCCAGAAUGACUCCAGAUAAGUUUGCUACAGUCCAUUCUCCAAGUGUUCCAACUCCUACAGAAGCCAGAAUGACUCCAGAUAAAUUUGCCCCAGUCCAUUCUCUAAGUGUUCCAACCAAUACAGAAGCCAGAAUGACUCCAGAUAAAUUUGCCACAGUCCAUUCUCCAAGUGUUCCAACCAAUACAGAAGCCAGAAUGACUCCAGAUAAAUUUGCCCCAGUCCAUUCUCCAAGUGUUCCAACCAAUACAGAAGCCAGAAUGACUCCAGAUAAGUUUGCCACAGUCCAUUCUCCAAGUGUUCCAACCAAUACAGAAGCCAGAAUGACUCCAGAUAAGUUUGCCACAGUCCAUUCUCCAAGUGUUCCAACCAAUACAGAAGCCAGAAUGACUCCAGAUAAGUUUGCCCCAGUCCAUUCUCCAAUUGUUCCAACCAAUACAGAAGCCAGAAUGACUCCAGAUAAGUUUGCCCCAGUCCAUUCUCCAAUUGUUCCAACCCAUAUGGAUGGCAGGAUGACUCCAGACAAAUUUGCUUCAAAUGUUGACACUUAAUUGGUCUAUAUAUUUGGACUGGUGAAAUCCUUGGCUGCUAUGAAAGCCAAAGGACAAGCAGCCAAAAGUACUCCUGAAAAGAACCAGCCCUAGAAAGAUGCCAUCAGUGAUGAACCUUUAUUUUUAUGUUUGCAAGCCGUGAAUUCAGACAAGAUCAAUGGCAUUGCAUGUUGUUCACACCCAGACGAGGAAGGCAGCGUUUCAUGUUGUGUUCAAAAUAUUUUUAGUUUGAUUUUAGAUUCAUCAGUGAAUGAUAUUAUUUUUUUAUACAAGAAAACUUUUGUAUGUUAGUUCUGAUGGAUUAUUUGUAAAUCCUUUACUACUGCCAGUAUACAUUGUAGUCAUAUUGCCAUUUGUUUUUUACUUUUCAAUUUUGAUAAAAGUAUAGAAUAUGGCUUUCUAGUUGUCCUAUGGUUGUUAAUGGAGUAGGCAGCUUAUGCUGUUUUAAUUUACGCGAGGUUUCUUUCCUGGGUGAUCUCCAAAUAGUUGUUAUCGAGAGAUAAAAAAAAAACUACCAUCAUUAAAUACAGAAAAAUUAAGCAAGUAAAUAAAAAUUACAAAAUUGUCUUCAUUUAAUUGAAAGAAUUAAGCAAAUGAAAAACCUUGAAGUGAUGAAUACUUAAAAAAAAGAUCAACAUUAAAAGUAUACUUGAUAAAAGCCCGUUGAAAGUUAACAAUGCUCUGUUGGUGUUUUAAAUGAUAGACAUUUUCACAUGUUGAAUCUCCCAGCUCCUCUCUUUAACUUCAUGUCAUGAGAGAGCCCUCUUAUCAUGUCUGAGGGAUUAAUCAUGAAGGAUGACCUUGUAGAAUAAUUCUAGCUCAUAUAUACCUCAUUAGUAGAAUUGAUAGCCAGAGACUGUUGUUAUAGUAGGAAGUUUUGCUAUUUCUAGAAUUUUGUAGAUUCUGUUAUUAUCUGUGGUAUAAAAGUUAACCACAAGUCUUGUUUCUUAUAUAAAAAUAUAUGAAAAUUCU